AGUGGUUUUACCUCCGCUGGCAAAAUUGACAUCUACGGUCAGCGUCUUCCAGGGCCAACAGAUCGACACAAUCGCGAAGUGCCAAGUAUGGCAGCUACGGCUCUAAUGAAUCCAGCUCCGGCAUAUCACAAACCGCCUUUUCCACCUUAUCAUCAACCACCACCCACAAUGCCUGGCAUGAUUUCGCCUGGAGAGAGUAGGAGGACGCCCAACGAGACGGAACCUUCGCAGCGGCAAUCUCUUCCAUCCAUAUCAGAAGUCUUCUCAAGUGCCAAGCCCAGUCACUACUCACCAGUAACCCCCACAACAUUAGCUGGUCCUCAUAAUCUCCCUCCUCCCCCGUUGAGGUCAGAGCCGCCGCCCGACUCGCGAUCGACACCACAACACGAAGACAAAUUUUACCGUUACCCGCGGUCAGACGUUGGGCCUCCGCCAGGGCCUCCAGGUCCUUCAAGCUCGGCGUAUGCAUACUCUGAGCAACGCGAUCCUACUAAGCCUCCAGAGCCCAUACCAAAUAGCGGUCACACGAAUCCGCCUCCCCCUCAUGUUUCUUAUCCACCAGGCCAAUACCCAUUACCCCCGGCCCCAAUUUCACCACAUCACUUGGGCCAUUCACUUCCUCCAUACGAUCAACACCGACCACCAUUACACAGCGAUGAAGAUUAUGGGAUGCAUCGGAAUCGUUAUGAUUCCAACACUUUGAAUCGGCAUUUUGAGUCGUGGGGUUACCAGGAUUGUCUCAACAAGGUCAGUUUCUCUUGGUUCAAAAUAUCUUCUUCUCCGUAGCUGACGGAUACAGCAGUUAGUGUGGACGUCGAGGACGGUUUGCAAUUUCGCCGAGGCAUAUAGUAAAAUUGCUUCAGAGCAACACGGCGGGCAGCCUAUACCGGAGCGACUCCCCACCGACCAAGAAGUAGCGAGCAUGCUUGGGA